UCCUGCCUGCUAAGCGAGAGAGCGAGCUGGUUCUCUCUCACUAACGGGAGCUCCCCAAAAUUUCCCCCUGUUUGUUGUUGGGCUCGCACGCACACAGGAAUUUCGGCGAACUCAACACACUCACCGUCGAGCGAGAGGGCGCGAUUGGGCCCACGGCGCGUGCGAGCGGGACGCAGCGAGAGCGCCAGGCGGAGCAGCGGCGAAGGCAGCGAUAAAGGCGCUGCGCUGCGAGAAAGUUGCAGACCCGUCCGCAGAGCGCACCAUCGUCUUCAGCGGAGCACACACAGCAGCUAGGUGUGCUCUUCCUGCAGCGCCAGAAAUUGUAAAUAAUUAAAACAGUUAAAAACUCACCACCAAAGAAAGUUAUAAACGAAAACGCUUAGCCAAAACCAAAGAUGCAUGAUAAUGAAUCCAAACAAAUAUGAUACAUAGCCAAUAUGUAUAUAGAAACUAGUAAGGAUAAAUAGAGUUCAAAAGCGAGGAAUAACACCGAUCCCGGCAAGCAAAUGUCCGGAUAAGGGAGCCGCUACCUGACCAAUGGAUGAAAAUGCAGCCGUCGUCGCCGUCACUUUCGCCGUCGUCACUAUCGCAUCGCUUUUGUCAGCAGCAACAGGAAAAGUCGGAAAAGCAUCAGCAGCACCAGGAGCAGCAGCACCAGCAGCAGGAUCAGAAGGAGCAGUCCUGCCACGCCCACGCCAAUCGAACGCCCUCGGUCGGUACGGCAGCGCUGCCUCAGCUGGCGUCGACGCCCGCACCGGCAGCAGCGGCCUAAGUCGCCAAACCGCCAGAAUCCCACUUCGAAAUAGCCCAUCUACACAGCAGCAGGCGACAUUGCAACUGCAACACACACUGCACUCGCAGCAGCCGCGAUUACUGCUCAUAUAACUGCAACAUCGAGAGACCUUGCCGCACAGAAAACUGCAACUGCAACAGCAAGUGCAACUGCAAGUGCAGCUGCAACAGGACGACGCACAAGGAACAACCCGCUACGCAUAAGGCAAAGGGAAUAGGGCAAAGGGCAGCACAAGGAGGCGCAGGAUAGACCGGAAGCAGAAGAAGGACAGGAAGUGGGGCGGGCUGCGGACACAGGCAAACAAAAUGGCGGAUGGUGGGCAUUCAUUCGUGAAGAAGACAUUUCAUAAGCCAACAUACUGUCACCACUGCUCGGAUCUGCUCUGGGGCCUCAUCCAGCAGGGAUAUAUCUGCGAAGUUUGCAACUUUAUCAUUCACGAACGAUGUGUCAGCAGCGUGGUAACGCCCUGUUCCGGCAUCGCUCCAUGUAUUAUAAAGAAUCCCGUUGCCCAUUGUUGGUCCGAGCCAACUCAUCACAAGAGAAAAUUCUGCACAGUUUGCCGUAAGCGAUUGGAUGAAACGCCAGCGGUGCAUUGUUUAGUCUGCGAAUAUUUCGCGCAUAUUGAGUGCCAAGAUUUUGCCGUGCCCGAUUGCACCGAGAAUGCCACGUAUGUGCCGGGCAAGGAGCUGCUUAAUGUGAAGCAUCAGCAUCACUGGCGAGAGGGCAAUCUUCCAUCAACGUCCAAAUGCGCUUACUGCAAGAAAACCUGUUGGUCCUCGGAAUGUCUCACUGGCUAUCGCUGCGAGUGGUGUGGCAUGACGACCCAUGCCGGAUGUCGCAUGUACCUGCCAACCGAAUGUAAUUUUGGUAUUCUACAACCUAUCUACUUACCUCCGCACUCAGUCUCGAUUCCGCGCACCGAGGUGCCCAUCGAGGCCAUCAUCGGCGUCCAGGUCAAAUCGAAGACUUCGCUCGUGCGCGACUACUCGUGUCCCAGUCCGGAUUUGAGCUGCCCAAUUCCGGGCGCCGGAUCGGGUUCGCUAUCGGGCCUGGGCCUGAAGGAGCUGCUCGAGCUCCACAGGCAAAGGCUCGAGCAAUCGAAACAACAUUUUCUCCUUUCCACGCCGCCCACGCCCACCUCCUGUGGCUCCAUCUCGCUGUGCCACUCACCCACGCCCUCCUCACUGACAGUCGGCGAGACGAGCAACGAGGCGGAGCAAGAUUGCGACCGGGAGCGAGAUCAGGAUCAGCCGGAGGAUGAGCCCGAGGAGGAGAACACGGAGCAGGACAGCGCCCUGCAGCUGACCACCACCUCCACGUCGAAUGUGAUGGGCAAUCUGCAGAAGUCGCCCUCGGCCAACUCCUCGCUGCACCUGCUCUACACGAAUCUCUUUCGGAAACUGGGCCAGGGCAAGCGGAGGCGGAAAAGGGGCUCCAGCGGCGGCGGCCUCUCGCCCAGCGAAGAUGAAGACGAUGUGGACGGCGGUGUCUGUGAUAUAAGCGGUGGCGAUCUGAGCGAUGACUACGACCACUGCGACGUCGCCCUGCGACGGCGAUCCCUGCGCAGCCGACAGCCGCGGGACGUCAGCGAGACGGACUACCACGGGGAUGCCGAGGCGGAGGCGGAGGGCGAGACGGUGCCGCGGGAAAGCUGCUACGAGACCUCGGACACGGGCGGCGAGCUGACCAAUACGGAUGACCUCGACAGCAGCCUCAAUCUGAUCAGCAACCUUAGCUAUAAUAGUAGUAAUAAUAGCAAUGCCUCCAAUGUUCCUGGUGGAGCAAGUGCAACCGCCGCCAGGAACACCGCCAACGCCACCACCCUCACCACCACUGCCCCGGUAAAGUCCGGACAUGCCUUGAGCGUCCAGGGCGGACGCCAGCAACCCAAGACUGGGGCUCUGGCCCAAAUCAAGCCCAAGCCCAAACCCAUACUCAUGCCCAAGCACAAGGCGCAGGGCAAGGGCGGCUCCCUCAGCUCGCCGCUGUCCAACUCCAAUUCGAGUGACUGCUCCUCGGCCUCGCCCUCUGCCCCGGCCACGCUGCUGCAGCUGUCGCCGGUGGGCAGGAGCAAGUCCUUCCAGGAGUCGGCGGCCAUUACGGCUGUGUCGCGCUAUAAGAAGUACGGACGCGGCUUGUUCCAGCGCCGACGCUCGAAGAGAUCGCCCAAGAAUGCGGUCGGUGUGGGCGGCAAAAGCAAUUACAGCCUGGACCGGCUGUCGCAGAAUAUCGAGAUCACCAUUCAGGACGAGGAUGGCAACUACCAUCCGUACGACGACAACUAUCACAUGCUGGCCGGGCGACUGGACGCCACCGAUGUGGACGACGAUGUGGGCUUCGAUGAUCUCUACCUGGACGACCGGCCGAGCGGGGCCAGUGAUGAUGUGGCCUUUGCCGGCGACAUCAGCGACGGCGGGGCCAGCAGUCGAUCGAGGGCCAGUGACGCCAGCGAUGGCCAUGUCCUGGGCCGACUGCUCCGCCAGGUGCGGCAGGGCCUCUCCGUCGGCUGGCGCAAGCCGCGCUACCAGAAGCGCAGAGCACGCAGCAUAUCCGAGGAGUUCAGCAGCGGCGACACACCCCGUUUCAAGGACGAGGAGUCGGCCAGCAAAGCCGAAUCGGGACAUGGACCCAGCAGCGGUGGUGCUGGUGGCGGAGGCGGCGGAUGUGGCGGAGCUGGUGGCUCAUCCGCAGCUGGUGCCUCGGCAUCGGUUGCAGGUGGCUCCUCUGGUCACUAUAGACCCGAUUCCGGUUCCGGCCACAAGUCGGAUAAGUCGGAGAAGGAUCGCGAGAAGAAGGAGAAGGAGCGCGAGGAAAAGGACAUAGAGAUGAUCAAGGUGUUCGAUGGCAACAACUCAUUCCGACGCCAGCAGUACCGCGUGAUCAUCGUGCAGCGCACCUAUACGCUGGAGCAGCUGCUGACCACCGCUCUGCGGGCAUUCCACAUCACGCGCGAUCCGCAGGCCUUCUAUCUGACCGAUCUGUACGCACCCGCCGGCAUGGAGGACACUCCCAUGCUCGAUCCCACGCCCGUGCUCAACCUGGUGCACCUGGAGGGCAAGCGACCGGCCAUAUACCUACGGUUCCACGACCGCGAUCGUGGCCAUGUGCGCGUCUACCCCGGCAAGCUGCAGUGCUCGAUGCUGGAGGAUCCCUAUGUCAGUGUUCCUGUAGAUAAUAGCACAGUUAUUAAGGAUUUGAUACGCGAUGCCCUGGACAAGUUCGGGCUGCAGGAUAACCAGAUUCAGGACUACCGGUGCUCGGAAGUGUUGCUCGAUCGCGGCGUGACCGAACGCAUUUUGUCGUGGAACGAAAGGCCCUGGGAUAUUAUGAAGCAGCUGGGCAAGGACUCCAUUCGCCAGAUGGAGCUCAUGCGGUUCUACAUGCAGCACAAGCAGGAUCCGCAUGGUCCCAAUAUCGCGCUGUUCGUGGGCAAUCUGCCCACCGGUCUCUCGCAGCGCAACUACGAGCAGAUCCUCAACAAGUACGUAACCGACGAGAACAAGUUCAUCAGCAUCGGACCCAUCUACUACGAGUAUGGCUCGGUAGUGCUCACCUUUGAGGACUCCAUGAAGGCGGUUCGCGCCUUCUACAAUCUCCGCGAGACCAUCAUCGAGGACAAGAAACUGCUGGUACUGCUCCUGCCGAACAUCGAGCCCAGCAUGGUGCCCUCCGAUGUGCGACCACUGCUGGUCUUUGUCAAUGUUAAGUCCGGCGGCUGCCAGGGAUUGGAGCUGAUCUCCAGCUUCAGGAAACUGCUGAAUCCCUACCAGGUUUUCGAUCUGGAUAAUGGCGGUCCUUUGCCCGGGUACGUUCAACAUAUACACCUGUUUAUGUAUCACCCACUUAUCUUCGUUGUGCCAUCUACUCUUAGUUUGUAUGUAUUCCGGCAAAUAACCAACUACAAGAUUCUGGUUUGCGGCGGAGAUGGCACCAUUGGUUGGGUGCUGCAGUGCCUGGACAAUGUAGGCCAGGACUCGGAGUGCUCCAGCCCACCGUGCGCCAUUGUUCCACUGGGAACAGGCAACGACUUGGCUCGCGUUUUGUGCUGGGGCUCCGGCUACACCGGCGGUGAGGAUCCGCUGAAUCUGCUGCGCGACGUCAUCGAGGCGGAGGAGAUAAGGCUGGACCGCUGGACGGUUGUCUUCCAUCCGGAGGACAAGCCCGAAGAGCCGGCCAUGAAGGCGCCCUCGCAAACAACCGGUGGCGCCCAAAACGAGGAUAACUCUCAGAUCUUCGUGAUGAACAACUACUUUGGCAUUGGAAUAGAUGCGGACCUCUGCCUGGACUUCCACAAUGCGCGUGAGGAGAAUCCCAAUCAGUUCAAUUCGCGGCUGCGCAACAAGGGCUACUACGUGAAGAUGGGACUGCGCAAGAUCGUGGGUCGCAAGGCUGUCAAGGAUCUGCAGAAGGAACUGCGCCUGGAGGUCGAUGGCAAGAUUGUCGAACUGCCACCCGUCGAUGGCAUCAUCAUCUUGAACAUUUUAAGCUGGGGCAGCGGUGCCAAUCCCUGGGGUCCCGACAAGGACGACCAGUUCUCAACGCCCAACCAUUACGAUGGCAUGUUGGAGGUGGUCGGUGUGACGGGCGUGGUCCACUUGGGUCAGAUCCAAUCCGGAAUUCGUACAGCCAUGCGCAUAGCUCAGGGUGGUCACAUCAAGAUACACUUGAAUACCGAUAUGCCCGUCCAGGUGGACGGUGAGCCCUGGAUCCAGAGUCCCGGCGAUGUGGUCGUCCUGAAGUCGGCCCUCAAGGCCACCAUGCUGAAGAAAACGAAGAGUAAGCGCCGCCUCACCGAGCCUCAUAUCUCGCCGGCGGUUCUGAGCCUUUCAGUGGCUCAACAGGGUUCCGGAUCGGGAUCCGUAUCUGCAUCGGGAUCCCCGCAGUCCCAGUCGCAGCAGCAACUGCAGCAGCAGCAGCAGCAACAACAGCAGCAGCAGCUGGCCGAGAAUGGGGAGAAGGAGGCGUCGAUGACUCUACCUGCCGGCUUUGGCAGCACCUAGAGCUUGGCUACCGGCCUGCGAUAUUGGUUCUCCUGUUUCAACCCAUAAAAACCAGAUAGUCAGAUACAUAACUCUAUAAUCCCUCAGAAAAGUAACCCAUAACAGAUCAGCAGAGAAAAUGGCCAAAUUGUAACCAGAAAAUCGAAUAUUUAAACAAGAGCAAAACUCCAAUGCGCAAGCAAAUUAACUUUUAUCUUCCAAAAGCGAGAAAUAGCAUUAACAAGCAAACAAAAAGUAAAAAAGUUUAAAGUUAAAAAACAAAUAGCUGUAAAUAAAAGUUGGUGCUGUCAAGCUCCAAGUACUUUGAACCACCACCCAAGAUGAAACACACACCACCCACCAACCAACCAAAGAACCACCCACUGCACAAGAAAACUGUGACCACCGCUGUUGAACUUGAACUUAGCCAACUGAAGCCACCACUAUCCACCUCAGUACACCACGCCACACACACGAACACACCACACCGCAAGCCACAGCGCCUAGAAGUUGACUACAACAUUUUUAAUUAAUUUUUAUGCGAUAAUUUUCUUUGAUUUCCCCGCUAGGAGGAACUUGAUCGAAUUUGGUUCCAUUUCCAUUUAUUCCGUUUCCGUUCCGUUUCUCAACUGCAAGCUUGCGUAAUCCAUCAUUCAGUAUCGAAAUAUCUAUAACCGAAACCAUUUUGUUGAUUGAGUUCCGUUGCAUUUUGCCUGAUUUCUCAGCUAGCUUUUGAAGCACUUAUAACGAAUCUAAGCUAAGGCAAACGAAAUUUAUUUCCUUUACGUUAACGCUCUAUUUUCUUACUCUCUUUUUCUCUCCAACCAAAAUGAAAAUACACUAAAUCACACGAAUACCAAACAAAUGCUACAACUGAUAUCUAUAAAAAUUCGAUUACUCUAACUAAUUAAUGCACCGGACGCUUAAAUUUGAAAAACUUUCUCUAUCUCUCUCUUUAAAUACCACCGUUAAAAAUGAAUAAUGUCAAAUGAAUACCGUUAACCGCAGGCCACCAUGUUGAAAAAGAACAAGCUGAAAAUGAAACGCCGGAACACGGAACCCACCAUGAUGGUGGCCGGCUCGGCCGCCCCCCCACUGUCCCUGGCCCUACCGCCCAGCGU